AGUACCCUGAACCUCCCCAACCGGAAGCCCCGCCCAUAUAGGAAGGACGGACUCCAGGAAGCCAUCCCGACCGGAAGUCUCGCCCGUGGGCCGGGCUGAUUAUCAGCAGUUGCCUCCCGACGGUGCGGUUGUGGGAAAACGCUGGAAGUCAGGUGAACGUACUGAGAAGCUGGUCCAAGCUAAUCCUGUGCAGGCACCUCGUUUCUGCACCCCACUUUGUGUUUCUUCCUGCAGAAAGAUGUGAGCAACGGGUUGUUGGGUCUGGGGGUCGUACUCACCUAACUCAGAACUCUGCGGGAGGCGUCGCUCGCGGGGACAGGACCGCAGGCGUCGGAGCCUGACAAAAGCCUCUCCCUGACGACAUUAGUCGGGCUCGGGCGGACGUCACAGCAGGCUUGUUCCAACACGCCUGGAUCCCAACUGCAAGUUUUUAAAAGCCAUCCGUGGAAAAGGUUGAGACGUGUUCUUCCUCCUACAACACGCAGUGUGGAGGGAGGAAGCUCGAAAUCCCUAUUGUAGAUCCAGGAGGCUAUAUGGAACCUGGAAGUGAGAACACCUUUGUGACUUAAAACGUUUAGUGGGUUGUUUUGAGGUGAGAAUGUCAUAAGUGAUUUCGAAGUUAAUGCAGUCCUAUGAUUGCAAAAAAUUUAGAAAAUCCUAAAUUUUUGCCAGUAACUCUAUGACACUUCUUUUAAAGCCUGUCUUAAAACAGCGUUAGAAUGUCUGGAAUAUCUGCCCAUACAUUUGGAUAAAUGUUUUUACAUCGAACAAGAAAGCUGGUAAGGACAGAAAUCAGAAAUGGAAAAAGUAGUUUAAUUAAAAAAAAAAAACAAAACAGAUUGUGCAGUGCCAUGUGAGAAGUAAACAAAUUUGUAAAAGUGUAAUUAGAAGUUCUGAGUUCACAAACAAAAAAUUUUGAGAAAUAAGAUCCUUUCCUCUUUUGCAUUUGGAAAAUAAAACAGGGGUUUUUCAGGCUCCUUCCCCACAACCCUGGUGGUAUAGUGGUUAAGAGCUACAGCUGCUAACGGGAAAGGAGAGCAGUUCAGAUCCACCAGGCACCCCUUAGAAACUCUGUGGGACAGUUCUACUCUGUUCUAUAGGGUGACUGUGAGUCGGCAUCAACUUAAUGGCAAUGGUUUUGGGUUUUUCAUUUUCCCACAACCCAGUAGCUUUUAUGUGUCCAGAAGAUAGGCAUAAAGUUGGACCUUUCAUCAGUCCUGACUAGAUUGCUUGGCUUGUUGUCUUUUACAUUUUACCAAAUGAUGCCGUAGAUUUGAAAACAGCCUUCAACAAAUUGAGUAAUCCAGGCAAAUGGGUAGUGACUACAGAUGAAGAGGACUUAAUAGAAAUAAAUCGGAGUGGAGGAUUUAUUGAAUCUGUAUUUACUGUGUGGGCAACAGUGGUUGGUUUGCUGUAGGUAGUAUUGAAAAAUCAUAAAUAGACUCAAGGUGCUUAUAAUUUGUAAAUACCAGCAUUCAAAAAGGUGGUGAGGAUGAAAAAAGUGAACAGAUAGGUGCUGAAUUGUGAGAUACGUAUUGAAGACAUGAAGGAAUUGAAAGAAAUAGAUGAAUGAGAACUUGGGUAGUUGGGAACGAUUUGGGAGGAGAGAGACACAUGCCAGGGCAGAUUACUGACGUGAUAAGAAGCAUGAUGUAGUACAGGGAAAUGAGCCUGAACUAACUAAAAAAGGAGAGUGAGUACUGGGUAGGUAACGUGGGCCCAGGUUAUGAAAGGCCUAGAAAGCCAAGCAGAAGAAUUGGACUCGGUGUGACUGGGCAUCCUUCUGGCAGACCUGAGGAGGUCACAAGGAAAUUUUAAAAGGAGAAUUUGACAGGACUCCGUAUCUGAACACCCAUCGUUGUUAUAAGGUGCCAUUGAAUCAGUUCCAAAUCAUAGCGACCCUAUGCACAACAGAAUGAAACAGUGCCUGGUCCUGCACCAUCCUUAAAAUCGUUAUGCUUGAGCCCAUUGUUGCAGCCACUGUGUCGGUCUUCCUCUUUUCUGCUGACCCUGUACUUUGUCAAGCAUGAUGUCCUUCUCCAGGGACUGAUCCCUCCUGACAACAUGUCCAAAGUAUGUAAGAUGCAGUCUCACCAUCCUUGCUUCUAAGGAGCAUUCUGAUUGUCCUUCUUCCAAGACAGAUUUGUUUGUUCUGAAUAGCUGGGGAUGAUACUAUUCAGUUACCAAGUCCUGUCAAUUUGAUAGAUGUAGAGGGAUGUCAGUGACAGCCAUCUCCAAACUUUCAAGCCCAGGUGCCUGAGAGAAUAGGAAAGGAGGAGGGAAAACUGAUUUGCAGUGUUAGAUUUGACUUGAUGAUGAGAUAGAAAGUAUCAAAUAAAUAAAAAUAGUGUUUAGUGGAUCCUAAUGAAGCCCUGGUAGCACAAGGGUUAAGCGUUCACUUAGCGGUUUGAACCCGCUCAACAGCUCUGUGGGAGAAAGACCUGGUGAUCCGCUCCUAUAAAGAUUACAGCCUAGAAGACUCAACAGGGCAGUUGUGUUCUAUCACAUGGGGUCACUAUGAAUUGAAAAUUGGCUCGACGGCACCUAACAACAACAAUAGAUCUCUGAUAAUAUUCUGUAAGUAGUUUUUGUUUAAAUAACUGAGGAAUCCCUUCACCUUCUGGGUUCCAAGCUUUUUAGGGAGUUAACUUGUUUUUGUCCAAAGCAGUAUUUACUAGUGCAGUUACCAUGAUAUACUCAGACUAAAAUUUUUAAUUUCUCCAUUAACUUGACAAAUGACAUUUUAAAAUUUGGGGCUGUAAACUUUGCUGCUUUCUUAACAUGAAGAAGGUUGGGAAAAAUAUCUUUUUGUUUGCAUAUCCUAAUAGGCAUUAAAACUCCUUUUUAAAGAGGCCUUUCCAUCAUUCAGCAUUUAGGAACAAGGACUGUCAAGAAUUUUGGUUAUCACCUUCAGAUCCUGUACAUUUUGAAGUGGAUACUUCUCAAGAAAAUUAGAAAGUAUGAUGGAAGCAGAUGCCAUGAAUGCCAGCAGUCUUUCUCAAGACUUUGCUUAUUCAGAUUCUCCCUUUUGCUUGGAAACCAGCAGUACCGCUUCAGACCUGCCUCAGAAUGAAAUAAAGAAUGUAAAAGUGGAAAAUGAGUCUAAAUUAACACUUUCUGAAGAUAUUUAUAACACUCUAGGCAAUUUGAUAGGUGAUAUCAACAUUGUAAAGUACUCACAGAAUGUACUAAUUGAGCCACCUGACACCAGCAUUUCUUCCUUGAAACAAUUCGAACCUAUUUGCAAAUUUCAUUGGACGGAAGCCUUUACUGAUGAAAUGACAACAUUUCAAAAUUCCAUGGAAGGCUUACGUUGCACAGAAAAGCCAGAAUUACAAAGUCACAUGUGUCAUUAUGAAAAAGACAGCAACAUAAAGAAAAAUUUGUUUAACGAAGAAAAUCCAAUAGGAAUUAGCAUUUCGACGGAUAAAGAUCUACUAGCUAAUGAGUCUGUCAGUGAACCUUCUAGAAGCCCGCCUCUAAUCCGCUGCUGUGGUGAUAAACUGAAUUUCAUGGAAAAUUCACUGGCUAAAAGUAGUGCCCAGGGACCUGCCCUGGGUCUUCCUCAACCUCAAAGCUUCAGUGAUGCUGAGGAACCAUUUAAUAAAGAGACUAGCUUUAACCUGCAUGAUCUGAGAGCUAACUGUGAAACAGAGACUGCAGUUUCACCAAGUGAAAUACAGAACUCUGGGGAGAUGCCUGAGAUGUCAGUUAGUCACCAAAGGGAAGCCAGAGUGGAGGACGUGGAGAGUCCAGGGCUUUUCUCAGCUUGGUCCCCCACAGACGUUUCCUGGAGUGGUGGAGGAUUUAGGGGGGAAUGCAAAACCUCUGACACAGAGCGAAGCUUUGAAAACUUACAACCUCUGGAAGAAGACAUGGCUUUAAAUGAAGUCCUACGGAAAUUAAAACAUACCAACAAAAAGCAGCAAAUUCGAAUCCAGGACCUACAGUGUAGUAACAUGUAUUUAGAGAAGAAGGUUAAAGAAUUACAGGUGAAGAUUACCAGACAGCAGGUGUUGGUUGACAUCAUUAAUAAGCUUAAAGAGAAUGUCGAAAAAUUAAUUGAAGACAAAUACAAAGUAAUCUUAGAGAAGAACGAUGGUGACAGAACAUUGAAGAAUGUGCAAGAGAUUCUAUCUGACACCCAAAAACAUCUUCAAGAAUCUAGGAAUGAGAAGAAAACCUUACAGGCAGAGCUUAAAAAGAUCAAAGUGAAUUACAUUCAUCUACAGGAAAGGUAUAUGACAGAAAUUCAGCAAAAAAAUAAAUGUGUAAGUCAGUGCAUCGAGAUGGGCAAAACCUUAAGCAAGAAAGAAAAAGAGGUAGAGAGGCUGCAGCAAGUCAAAGGAGAAUUGGAAAAGGCCACUGCUUCGGCCCUGGACUUACUGAAAAGGGAAAGAGAGACCCGAGUACCAGAGUUCCUGUCUUUACAGGAGGAAUUUCAGAAACAUGAAAAGCGAAACCUGCAAGAAAGACAGAAGCUGAAAUCUAGUCUUGAGGAACUGGUCACGCAAGUUAAAAAUUUGAAAUUCAUCUCUGAAAAUGAAAGGGCUAAGAAUACAAAACUUCAACAGCAGAUUGACCAAGUAAAAAAUGAAAAUGCAAGACUUCAGCAGCAAACCACAAGGAGUGAGGAGCAAAACCAUGUCCCUAAGUUUGAGAUGGCUGAGUUAAAGGAGCAACUGGAGGAGGCUACGGAGUCAGCUAUUAUGAAGGAUGCAAAGAUGACACAUUCUGAUUUCUUCCUGAAUUGCCCACGUUGUGAAGAAAAGAGCCUGAGUCCUCCAGAUGAGAAGAGAACUCAGCUGGCCUCCAAAAUUCACAGUCUGCUAACUCUGAUGGUAGGACUUCUCACAUGCCAGGACAUCACCAAUCCUGGUGCUGAACAUUUCAAAGACAGUGAGAAAAUUAGUGAUAUAAUGCUACGAAAAUUGAAGUGCUUACAUCUUAAAAAGAAAACUUUGGAUGAAGAGCUACUGAAACAUAAAGCUAGAAUCACAACCAUUAGAGAGUUAAUUGCUAAUGAAAAAGCAUUUCAAGAUCAGGUUAUUAAGGUCACAGACUUUGAUUCAAAUGAAACCGAGAAUGUCAAUGAUGUACCUCUCUUAUUGGGAGCCAAACUGGAUAAGUACCACAACCUAAAUGAGGAGCUUGAUUUCUUGAUUGCAAAACUCGGAAAUCUCCUAGAGUCAAAAGAAGACCACUGCAACAGACUCAUUGAAGAAAAUGACAAGUAUCAAACACAUUUAGGCAACUUACUAGAUAAGGUUACAUCAUAUGAAGAAAUUAUCAAAUGUGCUGACCAAAGACUUGAGAUAUCACACUCCCAGAUUGCACAUUUAGAAGAGAGAAAUAAAAAUUUGGAAGAUUUAAUUAGGAGACCCAGAGAGAGAACUAGGAGAGUGAGACCAAGAAGAUUAGAAAAUCAGCCAAAGUCCAUGACCAUGGUAGGUCAUCUUGAAGAUCAUUUUAAAGAAUAUUAUAUUUCCAUGUAAUUUGAAAAUAACAUUAAAUAUGAGCUCCUGUAGUUACAGUUCAAUAAUAUCUGGUUUAUAUUUCAGUGUAUUUCCCCCAGUACAAGGACCUCUUCUGCCUCCUAUCAUAGUUGGUCCUGUAACUAGAAGCCCCUCCUCUGAAGCUUCUCUUCUACUGGCCCCCUUAACUCCAUCCCCACUGCUACUGCUUCAUCUCAAACCAUCUUCACUUUUCACCUGGACUAUUACAAUCAUUUCGUAAUUGGUUUUCUGCCUCCAGUUCUGCUCCCUUUCAUUCCAUCCUCCACAGAAUAGGCAGAGUGAUCUUUCGAAAGCAAAAUGUGAUCAUGUCUCUCCCCUACAUAAAAGCUUUCAGUGGUUUCCAGUGGCUUUCAGGAUCAAAUCCUGGCUCCUUAUUGCAGCAUAUAAGGCCCUCUGUGGCUAAGCUCACACCUUCCCAUCCAGCCUUAUCAUGCAUGCUUUCACUUUCCCAUCAUUCACAUCAACCAUAUGUGACCACUUGCAAUUUUCUGAACAUGGUAUGUUAUUUUUAUGCCUUCCUGUUAUUGCUCAUGUAACCUCCCCUGCCUAGAAUGUUCUUCAACUCCUUUUCUCCCCUUAUGUCAGUUCCCACCUCACCAACACCUGCCAGGUCAAGCUUCAUCUCUUGUAUGAAGCCUUUGCUGCUUCAAACAUUCUCCCAGAUGAAACUGACUUGCUUUGUCCUAGAUGCCCAUACCACACCCUUUGUUACAAUAGCACUUAUUUCACAAUAAUUCUCUGCUUACAUGUCCCUUCUCUUGACUAGAACUCUUAGUUGUGUCAGCUGCAUAACGCAGGUUGUUAACGACCCUUCCUCCAAUCCUGAUGCCCCAUUCUUCUUCAAGUAGUCCAACUUCUCAGAUUAUUUGCUUAGCAUACAGAUUGAAUAAAUAUGGUGAAAGGAUACAACCCUGAUACAUAACUUUUCUUCCUAGCCUGUCUUAGUCUGGAAGCUCCUCUGAGACCUGUCCACCAUGGGUGACCCUGCUGGUAUUUGAAAUUCCAGUGGCAUAGCUUCCAAGCUCAC